AUGGAUCCCCUCGGCGCAACUGCGAGCGUCAUUGCUGUCCUCCAACUGUCCUCCGAAGUUGUCACAUAUAUCAACUCGGCCGUUAGCGCUACCACCGAGCGGAGACGUCUUCGUGAGGAGGUGCGAGCAUGCGGAUACAUCCUCCAACAGCUCAAAGACGAAGCCGAUGAUUCGGAGGCGGGCAAGGCGUGGUCGGAGACCAUCAAAGCCCUCGAGGCCCCCGGCGCGCCACUCGCUCGAUUGUGGAUUGCUCUACGUACCGUCAGAGCAAAGUUACAACCCAAAGAGGGACCGAAAAGGCUUUUAGAACACCUGAAAUGGCCGUUCAGCGAGAAAGAGGUGGAAAAGAUCAUCGCAGCCAUCGAGCGGGAGAAGUCGCUGUUGGGGUUGGCCUUGGAAAACGAGUGCCGGAAGCUCAUCCAGGAAAUCAAGAAGAGUUCCAGGGAACAUGAGAGACGGCUGGCGGACUUGGUCGACGCAAUCGGCAAGGAUUCGAAGCACAGCCAUGACCAGCUUGCGGAGUUAAAGGACAACUUGGAUACAUUACGUGUCCGCCAAGAUGAUCAACACACCGCCGAGGUCCGCAGAACAAUUCUGGACUGGCUUGCUCCGAUGGAUUACGCGCCUCAGCAAAGUGAUUUCAUCAAUCGACGACAAGUCGGAACUGGAAAGUGGCUGCUGGACUCGGCAGAAUUCAAGGCAUGGAUGGAGACGGACAACGAGACAAUAUUCUGCCCAGGCAUUCCAGGAGCCGGCAAGACAAUCCUUACGUCGAUUAUAGUUCAGGAACUUACAACGAAUUUUGUCAGCGACGAGAAUAUCGGUGUUGCGUACAUCUAUUGCCACUUCCGGCGGCAAAACCAACAGAGUGCCGACGAUCUCUUCGCAAACUUGUUGAAGCAGCUAGCUGAUGGACGACGAUCUCUACCGGAGGGUGUGAGCUUUCUCUACAACAAAUACAAGGACCAGCGGAAGCGACCGUCGCUUGAUGAGAUUUUGACUACUCUCCAGUAUGUCGCCGCUCUGUAUUCAAGGGUCUUCAUAAUCGUUGACGCACUCGAUGAAUGCCAGACAACCAGUCGGAAGAGCUUCCUCCUCGAGAUCUUUGCCCUCCAGGCUAAGUGUAGGGCAAACAUAUUUGCGACGUCAAGACCUAUUCCUGAAGUUACGGAAAAAUUUAUGGGACUCAAGUCUCUUGAAAUUCGUGCCAGUAAAGAAGACGUCGAAAGAUAUCUGGAGGGACAUAUUGGCCCACUUUCGGCCUUCGAUGAGUGGAGUCAACGCUUACGAGAUGAGGUCAAGACCAGGAUAUCGGACGCUGUCGAUGGAAUAGACAAAAUUCAGCGUCAAGCGAAGACCAAAGGCGAGAGGUUUUAG